AUGACUAUUAAACAAAAGGUUUUAUUUUUAGAAGCUCCUAAACAAGAAUAUCUUAAAGAAUUCGAGAAAAGAUUUGAAUGUAUACUUUAUCAAAUAACAUCUUUACAACAAACAUUGUUAGACUUUAGAAACAAAUUUAAUGAUAUUGAAGCUAUAUAUGCCGGCUGGCCAGGAUUUAGUCCUAUAGGUGGAUUGCAUGGUAAAUUGAUAAAUGCUUUACCUACAAGUUUGAAAAUUAUUACCACUUGCACUGUCGGAGUUGAUUCAUUUGAUGUUGAAGCUUUAAAAGCGAGAAAUAUUGUAUUAACUAAUGUUCCUUCUCAAGUUGCAUUUGAAGCCGUUGCUGAUUUAGUAUUAUAUGACACUUUAGCAAGUUUUAGGAAUUUCAAAUUUUAUGAAAAUCAUUUCAAUAAAUCUGAAAAUUUAGCUCACUGUGGUAUAUUAAGAACUUCACUAGUUAAUGGAAAAUUUGAUUCUCAUUCAGGUAAAGCUAUAGUUAAACCAAUAAUGGGUAGUUCUUAUGCUUAUUCAUGUUGCGGUAGAUCUAAUUAUUCACCUAAAAAUCAUAAUGUUGUAAUUGUUGGAUUUGGUAAUAUUGGUCAAUUAAUAGCUGAUAGAUUAGCAUGUAUUGGUAUGAAUAUUCAUUAUGUUAAAAGAAAGAAAUUGACAACCCAGGAAGAAUCAAAAUUAAAUUAUAAAGUCACAUUUCAUAAAUCAUUAGAAGAAACUAAAGAUAUUGCAGAUUUAAUAGUAAUUGCAUGUCCAGGAUCUCCAAUGACAAGACAUUUGAUAAAUGCAGAUUUGAUUAAUAAAAUGUCUAGACCAUUUAGAAUUAUUAAUAUCGGUAGAGGUCUUUGUAUUGAUGAAAAUGCAUUAGUUAAAGGUUUGAAAAGUGGGAAAGUUUUGUUUGCAGGGUUAGAUGUAUUCGAACAAGAACCUGAAAUUAAUCCUGGUUUAUUAGAUAGAGACGAUGUUUUAUUAACACCUCAUAUUGGAUCAGCAUUAGAUGAAAAUGAUAAAUUAACAGCAUUAACAUGUAUGGAGGAUAUAGAUACAGUGUUAUUUGGAUAUGAUAAACCAAUAACGAGUGUUAAUUAGCAUAUAGAUGUCAAUAUAUAAAUGGCUGCAAAAUGGUUGCAAUAGCAACAAUAUAUAGUGCAUUUACCAAUAUUACUCCUUUUAUUUUAUUUUUUUUUUUCUCGCUUUCGGUGGAUGGACGAAAUUGAUUAAUAUGCACAUCAUAAGAAUUCUAUCAAAUUUCAAGAUCAACAAUUAGUUGCAACAUCAAAAUUACCCAAUGCUGACGGUUUAUAUAGGGAUAUAUAAAGCAAUAUAUGAUUAUCAUGCUCAAGCAGAUGAAGAAUUGUCAAUUAAUGUAAAUGAUAUCUUAUAUUUAUUAGAAAAAUCGGAUAUAGAUGAAUGGUGGAAACUUAAAAAAAGAGUUUUACCAAGUGGUGAUGAAGUUGUUGAUGAACCAAUAGGUUUAGUUCCAUCUAAUUACAUAGAACCUGCUCCAGUUUUAAAAACUGCAACAGCUUUAUAUGAUUAUGAUAAACAAACUGAAGAAGAAUUAUCAUUUAAAGAACAAGAAAAGUUUAAUAUUUAUGAUUUAAAUGAUCCAGAUUGGAUUUUGGUAAGUGAUUCAUCAAAUCAACAAUUUGGAUUUGUUCCAUCAAAUUAUAUACAGUUGGAUGAUAGUACUCAAGCAGAUUUUCCACCAAAUCCGAAUAAUAAUUAUCAACCACCUCAACCACCUUCACAAAUUCAAUUCCCUGUUAAUAACUUCCAACCACCUCCUCAACAUAUAUCAAGAUCAGAAGAAGUUGCAUAUCCACCGCCAACUCCUCAAAAAGAUUAUCCACGACAAUUGGAGGAUGAAAGUCCAAUUAAACAUCAACCAGAACAAGAAGAUGAUGCAACACCACCACCAAUGCCUUCAAGACCAACUGGAAAUCAAAAUUAUGAACAAGAAGAUAAUAUAAAUGGUGAUGAAAAAGAACAUACUUAUGAUGGUGAUUUUUUCACUUGGCAUAUUGAUGAAGUUGACGGACGUAAGAAAAGAGCUAUAAAAUUAUCAAUUGGUCAAGGUUUAAUAAUUAUAAAACCAAAUACAUCAAAUCCUAAAAAAUUGAAAUUAAAAUCAUCAUCAACUUUAGAUAAUGAAUGGAAAAUUAGAGAUUUAACAAAAUAUAGUCAUGAAAAAAAACACAUAUUUUUAGAAUUCAAAAACCCAUCAGUGUCUUUGGAGUUACAUACUGGUACAAAAGAUGUAGCUGAAGCUAUAAUGGCAAUUUUAGGUGAUUUAAAAGGAGCUGAACAAGCAAGAGGUUUGAAAGAAGUUGCAAAAGCAUCACAAGCUAGCACUGAUAAUAAAAAUAGAAAGAUUGGAAGAUUAUUAUAUGAUUUUAAAGCUCAAGGUAGUGAUGAAUUGAAUUGUAUGGAAGGUGAUGAAGUUUAUAUUGUUAAUGAAUCAAAAUCAAAAGAUUGGUGGAUGGUUGAAAAUGUUGAUAGUGGUAGACAAGGUGUCGUACCAGCUACAUAUAUUGAAAUUAUUAGUACUUCCAAUUUAGAUAAAUUAACUGAUGGUCCAUUAAGAAGAAGAUCAACUAGAUCAAAAGGUGGAGUUGUUGAUGGUAAAGAAAGACUUCAUCGUCAUCGAACUAGAGAAGAAAGAGAUAGAGUUAGAGAAAAAGAUAGGUCACAAAGAGAUAAACAACAUCAUGAUGAAAAAUCAGGACCAAAUUAUCAUAGAGUUAGAACUUGGAUUGAUAGUUCAGGCACUUUUAAAGUUGAAGCUGAAUUUUUAGGUUGUGUUGAAGGUAAAGUACAUUUGCAUAAAACCAAUGGAGUUAAAAUUGCAGUUGCUGCUGAGAAAUUAUCAGUGGAAGAUUUAGAAUAUGUUGAAAAAGUUACUGGUACUUCAUUAGAACUGUAUAAAGAACAAGUAAUGAAACAACAAGCUAAAAGAUCAAGAUCAAGAAGUAGAUCAGGUGCUACUGCUUCAGAACCUGAAUUAAAACAUCAACAUACUUCUGCAAUGGCAGCUAUUAAUGAUAUUCCACCACCUCAACCUUCAAGACCAAAAGCAACUACUCAAACUUCAAAUAAUGGAGCUCCACUUUAUGAUUGGUUUGAUUUCUUUUUACAAUGUGGUGUUGAUAUUGGAAAUUGUCAACGUUAUACAUUAAAUUUUGAACGUGAACAAAUGGAUGAAAACAUAUUGGAAGAUAUUUCACCAUCAUUGUUAAGAACUUUGGGUCUUAGAGAAGGUGAUAUUAUAAGGGUAAUGAAAUUUUUAGAUAAUAAAUUUAAUAGAAGUAGAUCUACAGAACCAGAAAAACCAACAGGUGGAUUGUUUAUUGAUAAUAAUGGUGCAUUGAAAAAUAAUAGUUCUGCAACUGCAGUGUCAAAGGUUGCAGCUGAAGCAUUACCAUCUCCAAUUAAAACACAACAAACAAUUUCAUCACCACCACAAAAGAAAAUAGAUGAUGAUGCAUGGGCAAUGAAACCAGCUGCAAGAUCAAAUGAAAAUUUAUUAAAAUCGUCACUACAACCACAAACUCCUCAAUAUACUGGUUCAUUAUCAGAUUUGGUCAAUAUUAAACCAAUGGAAACUAAAUCAGAUCAAGUACCAUCUGCACCAUCUUUACAACCUACAAAAACUGCAUCAGCACCACCUCCACGACCAUCAUCAAAUCAAGGUAUACCUGUUCCCGCACAACGUACUGGUGGUUUUAUUCCGAUACAAAGAACUGGUCAAGGUUUAAUUCAAACACAAACUGGUGGUACAAUCUUACCUGCUCAACCAACAGGCUUCGUUCCAAUUACUGCACAACCAACUGGAUUUGUUCCAAUUCAAGCAACAGGUUUACAGCCACAAAUUACAAUUGGAAUUAUUCCAUUACAACCAGUACAAACAACUUUUAACACACAACAAAAAACUGGACCAUUUCAAACAACUUUUGUUCCGUUACAAACUGGUAAUAUUACAAUGCCUCAAACUACAUUUGGAGCUCAAAAUACUGGUGGUAUAAUGCCACAAACUUCAUUUGGAACUCAAAAUACUGGUGGUUAUCCACAAACUUCAUCUAAUCAACCACCUUUGCAACCAGCUCAAAGAACAGGAGGUCAAUUAACUGGUGGAUUUGUUGCACAAUCUAAUUUUGGUAAACAAAUUACUGGUGGAUUCAUACCACAACCUACAUUUGGUCAACUAGAAAAUGGAAAUCUCAUGCCUCAAACAUCAUUUGGUGCUCAAAAUAUAGGAGGUAUAAUGCCACAAACAUCAUUUGGUCAACAACAGAUUACAGGAGGAUUCAUGCAACAACCAUCAUUUAAUAAUACAAAUAAUUUUCAACAACCAACAGGUGGAUUUUUGCCACAACAAUCAUUUAAUCAAAAUACAGGUGGUUAUCCACAAACAUCAUUUGGUCAGAAUACAGGCGGCUUUCCACAAACUUCAUUUGGACAACAAUCACAAAUGAAUCAAAAUACAGGUGGUUUUCCCCAAACAUCAUUUGGUCAACAACCACAAAUGAAUCAAAUGACAAAUAUGUUUCAAAAUACAUCUAUUUCACAACCACAAACUACAUUUGGACAAUCGCCACAAUUUGAAGGUUUCAAUCAACAACAGUCAUUACAAUCACAACCAACAGGAACGGGAUUUGGUAAUGCACCAUUACAAUCUCAACAAACAGGCAAAAGAGCGAAUAUAAAUGCAGCAACACCAGAUAAUCCAUUUGGAUUUUUUAAUUAA